CAUAAGAACCGAGCACCCACCACUAGCUUGAAGCCACCAUGUUUCGCUGCCAUCCUCUUCCCAGCUACCUUCUCCUAGUUACCGUCAUCCUCGCUAUCAGCGGGCAUGGAGCCAGCCUAUGCCGUCAAGAUCAAAGCGCUGCCCUGCUCCGCCUCAAAGCCAGCUUCCGCUUCGACAACUCAUCAGCUUCAUAUUGUGGGUUCAGUACUCUUCCGUCAUGGAAGGCAGACACCGACUGCUGCACCUGGGAAGGCAUAACAUGUGACGGCACGUCAGGUUACGUCACUGCUCUCGACCUCUCUGGACGAUGCAUCUCGGGUAACCUUAGCUCACCAGACAUCUUUGAACUUACCUCGCUUCGCUUCCUUAGCCUUGCUUACAACAACUUUGAUGCAAGUCCGUGGCCACGUCCAGGAUUUGAGCAGCUCACUGAUCUCAAGUACCUUGACCUCUCUUAUUCUGGCUUAUCUGGUGAUUUGCCCAUCGAGAAUGGCCAACUUUCCAAUUUAGUGACUUUGAUCCUCUCUGGCCUUCUUCUAAAAGAUUUGAACUUUGAGACUUUGAUUGACAGCCUUGGCAGUCUCCAAACGUUGUAUCUUGAUGAUGCUUACAUUUCGAUCAAUCCAACCGAUCUGGGGCCUGCCUCUUCUGGCAAUAAAACAUCAAGUCUCAAAGAGCUGAGAAUGCGGUGGUGCACGAUCACUGGUGGCCGUUUUGAUACUUUUCUUACUAAUCUCCUAUUUCGUCACAAGCUUGACAAUUUAGUCAUGCUAGAACUCGAGGACUUUGAUCUUAAAAAUAUGAGCCUUUCUUCCUUGAUUGGUAGCCUUGGUAAGCUCCAAAAUCUAUAUCUUGGAAAUGUAAACAUUUCGGCCAGUCCAACAGAUUUGACCUAUGCCUCUUCUACCAAUACAACAUCAGGUCUUAAAGAGCUACAAGUUUCAUCUGCCAAUACCACGUCAGGUCUCAAAGAGCUACACAUGUGGCAGUGCACGAUCACUAGCGGCAAUUUUGAUACUGUUCUGACUAAGCUCCCAAUUCUUUCCAACUUAAUCAUGCUAGACCUUUCUCGGCUUGAACUUAAAAAUUUGAGCUUAGAUGCUUUGAUUAACAACCUUGGCAGUCUACAUAAGCUGUAUCUUGAUUCUGUCAACAUUUCAGUAAAUCCGAUCAGGUCAGUACAUUCUUCUUCUACCAAUACAACACCAGGUCUGCAAGAGCUACGAAUGACAGAUUGUGGAUUGUCUGGGACCUUCCCUUCAUGGAUAUUUCAUAUCAAAAGCUUGACAGUUCUGGAAGUAUCACAAAAUGAGAAUCUAUGUGGAGAGUUACCGGAGUUCAUAGAGGGUAGCUCUUUGCAGGAGUUGAGUUUUAGUGGAACCAAGCUUUCUGGGAAAAUACCAGAUUCUAUGGCUAACCUCCGAAAUUUGACUGCAUUGGACCUUUCUUAUUGCCAAUUCAAUGGCAGCAUCCCACACUUUGCUCAAUGGCCGAUGAUUCAAUCAAUUGACCUGUCAGGUAACAACUUCAUUGGCUCAUUACCUUCAGAUGGAUACAGUGGUCUGCACAGCCUAACAAGAUUAGAUCUUAGUAACAACUCGAUAAGUGGAGUGAUACCUGCAUCUUUGUUUUCCCACCCUUCUUUGGAGUAUUUAGAUCUCUCACAAAACAAUCUCACUGGAAAUUUAAUAUUAUAUCAAAAUAUAUCUUGUAAUUUGGAAUCGAUUGAUCUUAGUAAUAACAGACUGCAAGGACCAAUCCCAAAAUUACUGUCGGAGCUUGUAGGAACAUAUUGGUUAGAUCUUUCAUCAAACAAUUUCACUGGAACUGUGGAUCUAAGCUUCAUAAAGAAUUGCAAGGAGCUCGAUUAUCUAUCGCUAUCCUAUAAUAACUUGUCUGUUGUAGAGGAAGAUAGCAAUCAUUCCUACCGAGAAUAUCCAUUUCUUUGGGAGUUGAGAUUGGCAUCAUGUAACCUAUCAUCCGUGCCAAAAUUCCUGAUGCACCAGAGGAGUAUUUACUAUUUGGACCUCUCAAACAACAAUAUUGGUGGACACAUACCCGAUUGGAUAUGGGGAAUUGGAGAAUUCUCUCUUAGUCUUAACCUGUCCCAUAAUAUUUUUACCAGCGUUGAUACAAAUUUACCAAGAAAAUCAGUAUAUAGGUUGGAUCUAGAUCUCCAUUCCAACAAGAUAGAAGGACCUCUCCCACUACCCCCUAUGGGAACUUACCGACUGGACUACUCCAAUAACCAUUUCGAUUCUUCUAUCACGCCUGCAUUUUGGUCACGCAUUAGCUCUGCUGUUUCCUUGUCAUUGGCACACAAUAACCUCACUGGAGAAGUUUCCGAUUUUAUCUGCAAUGCAACUGAUAUCGAAAUUCUAGACCUUUCUUUUAACAACUUCACUGGAUUAAUACCACCGUGUUUGUUGGAACAAAAUAGGGGCCUUGAGAUACUGAACUUAAGAGGUAACAGUUUUCAUGGACCGAUGCCUCAGGACAUCAGUGACCAAUGUGCACUUCAAGUAAUAGAUCUCAACAGCAACAAGUUAGAGGGAAAAUUACCCGUGCCUCUGAUCAACUGUCACAUGCUACAAGUCCUAGACCUAGGAAACAACCUGAUAGAGGAUACCUAUCCAGAGUGGCUGGGAGUUCUUCCUUUGUUGAAAGUGCUUGUUCUGAAGUCGAACCGUUUUCAUGGUCCCAUUGAUUACAACGAUGGGAUGAACAAACAGAUGCAUUCCUUCUUCCCAGAGCUACAAGUUAUGGACCUUUCUUCAAACUCUUUUAACGGUAGCAUUCCUGCACGAUUCCUAGAGCAGUUCAAAGCUAUGAUGGUGGUUUCUUCAGGAGCUCUCAGCAUGUAUGUUGGAAUUAUCAAUUCAGCGGCAGCAUCUCCAAGUUAUUACAGGGAAUCAAUCACGGUGACCAUCAAAGGGCAAGAAACAACUCUGGUGCAGAUACUUUCAGUCUUCAUGUCUCUUGAUCUCUCCAACAACGACUUCCAGGGUAUCAUCCCCAACAACAUUGGCAACCUGAAGUUUCUCAAGGGGCUCAACCUGUCCAGGAACUCCUUCACCGGCGGGAUCCCUCCCCGGAUCGCCAACAUGCUGCAGCUGGAGUCACUUGAUCUCUCCAGCAAUCAGCUCUCUGGGGAGAUACCACCUGCAAUGGCACUGAUGUCAUUCCUCGAGGUGCUCAACCUUUCCUACAAUCAUCUGUCAGGGAUGAUACCACAGUCCAGCCAGUUCUUGACGUUCCCGGUGACAUCAUUUCUGGGGAACGACGAGCUGUGUGGGAAGCCUCUGCUACGCAUGUGUGCUAACCACACACCAUCUGCUGCUCCUACACCGGGCUCUUCUAAAGAGCUGAAUUGGGAAUUUUUUUCGAUUGAGGCAGGGGUCGUUUCCGGCUUGAUCAUCGUGUUUACGACCACGCUGCUGUGGGGCAACGGGAGGAGGUGGCUAUACUGGCAGGUGGACAAGUUUCUGCCAGAUGUUCUGCAGCCAUGGAUCCGCGGCCGUCGCCACUGAAAUGAAUUGUUAGUGUUUGCAUACCGUAAUGAUAUGUGCAAGAAAAUGAGCAGCAGGCGUUGUAAUAAACACAUAGUUUCUCCUUGUACUGUAUCACAUGUAUCAAAUCAUGGACAACAUCCGAGGUUGAUUGCUGGUCUGUUUAGCCAUAGAAGCUAGAUAUCAAUAUUGUACCAAUUAGUAUGUUGUGCAAUAGGAUAGUAUAAUCAAUUAAUCUCGGAUUGAGUCUUGCCUUGUAAUGCCAUGUCAAGGGCUGUUCUUGACUCUAUUAAUGAAUUGACGCGGCCUCUGAAAGGAGGUGACAACGCUUAUUA